UGGGCAAGCGAGAAAAGCCAAAAAAAUGAAGCUCCAUUUUCUCUCUCCUCUCCUUAUUCUUCUCCUUGCUGCUGUCAUUGUGCUGAAAAAAUUUUCUUCCUUUGUUGUUCUGCUCCUGCUUUGCCUUUUCUUAUACUUCUGCAACAUUUUAUGGGUAGAGCCUCUAAGGCAUCGAUGGAAACUUCAGAGCCAAGGCAUCAUGGGGCCUCAGCCUUCUUUUUUGUAUGGGAAUGUGCCGGAGAUGCAAAAAAUUCAAUCGGCGGGGACAAAGGCGGGUAACCACGGCGAGUUCAUAGCCCAUGACUACACUUCCACCCUCUUCCCCUACUUCGAACAGUGGAGGAAGGAGUACGGUCCAUUAUAUACGUAUUCCACAGGGAAUAAGCAACAUUUAUAUGUGAAUCAUCCAGAUCUAGUGAGGGAAAUGAACCAGAGUAUCACUUUGGAGUUGGGAAAGCCUUCUUAUGUGACCAAGAGACUUGCACCCAUGCUUGGCAAUGGUAUUUUGAGGUCCAAUGGUCACAUUUGGGCCCAGCAGAGGAAGAUUGUCGCACCUGAAUUCUUCAUGGACAAGGUCAAGGGCAUGAUGGGUCUGAUGGUGGAGACAGCACAGCCACUGAUGAGAAAAUGGGAGGCCAGCAUUGAAGCCCAAGGUGGUGUGGUGGCAGAGAUAAGAGUGGAAGAGGAUUUGAGAAGUGUCUCAGCAGAUGUGAUCUCAAGGGCUUGUUUUGGUAGCUCUUAUUUCAGAGGCAAAGAGAUUUUCUCAAAGCUCAGAAUUCUUCAGAAAACCAUUGCCAAUCAAAGUGUGCUUUUUGGUGUUCCCAACUUUGGAUUUCUCCCAACAAAAAAACAAAAGGAGAUCAGAAGUUUGGAAAAAGAGAUAGAGCAACUGAUCUGGGAGGCAAUUAAAGAACGCGGGCAAGAAUGCUCGGAGGUGUCAUUAUCAGAAAAGGAUCUGUUGCAGUUGAUAUUAGAGUCGGCUGUGAAUGAUCACCAUGUUGGAAAGGAUUCAUCCAAGAGCUUCAUUGUCGAUAACUGCAAGAACAUAUAUUUUGCUGGGCACGAGUCUACUGCUGUGGCCGCAUCCUGGUGCUUGAUGCUUCUAGCUUUGCAUCCCGAGUGGCAAGCUCGUGUGCGCGAGGAGGUUGCUCAGGUUUGCCAAGAUGGCGUGGUGGAUGCAGAUUCACUCCCCAAGAUGAAAACGGUAACCAUGGUGAUUCAUGAAGCUCUACGCUUGUACCCACCAGCAGCAUUUGUGUCUCGAGAAGCACUUGAAGAGACUCAAAUCGGGCACAUCAUCGUCCCAAAAGGCGUAUGCUUAUGGACAUUGAUCCCAACGCUACAUCGCGAUUCUGAAAUCUGGGGACUAGAUUCAAAUGAAUUCAAGCCUGAGAGGUUCGUCAAUGGCGUCUCCAAUGCCUGCAAAGUUCCUCAAGCUUAUGUCCCCUUCGGACUAGGUCCUCGCCUGUGUUUAGGACGCAACUUCGCCAUGGUUCAGCUGAAGGUUGUACUCUGUCUCAUCAUCUCCAAGUUUAGCUUCUCCUUGUCUCCCAGUUAUCGGCACUGUCCAGCUUACAGAAUGAUUGUAGAGCCUGGGCAAGGUGUACAAAUUCUCAUUCAAAGUUGUAAACAGGGGUGACAGUUUUCUG